CAACCCCAGACACUCACUUCCGGUAAGAAGAUGGACGUGGAAGACGAAAACAUUCUUGCAGGGAUUUUUAAAGAUUCUUUCCCUGAAAACUGGCAAGAAAAUUCCGACUUCCUGCAGUACCUGAGUGAGUUGAGUUCAUAUGGAGUCCAAAAACUGUCACUUGAGCCUGAUCAUCUGGCCGAAGAAAAGAACGAGAUACUUCAAGCCACGCAGAACCUGGCUUUUCAGCACUACAAAACGUUCAUAGAGACAGCUGAAUGUUCAAGGGACAUUUUUAAAGAUUUCCAAAUAGUAGAAGAACAUGUUGGAAACUUAUUGGAAAAGUUGCCGAAUUUCAGUGAGGAAUGCAAUGGUGUAAUGCAGAAAGCCCAAGAAAUUAACGCCAGUCGGCGAAUGAAUAAUCUCACCCUUCAGCGACACACACAACUGCUAGAAAUCCUCGAGAUGCCACAAUUGAUGGACACAUGUGUAAGGAACGGUUAUUAUGAAGAGGCGCUGGAACUCGCGGCUCAUGUCAAACGACUGGAGAAGAAACAUGGCAGUAUUUCCAUUAUAGGGACGAUAGUUACGGAGGUAAAAGGUUCCACACAGCUGAUGCUGAAACAACUAAUUCAACAGUUACGUACCAAUAUCCAGCUCCCAGCCUGCUUAAGGGUGAUUGGUUACAUUCGACGAAUGGAUGUCUUUACAGAAACAGAGCUAAGAAUCAAAUUUCUUCAAGCGAGGAGUACUUGGUUUCAAGGAAUUCUGAACUCGAUUUCCAGAGAAGAUCCAUACGUGCACAUAACAAAAACAAUCGAGGCCAGCCGUGUGCAUCUGUUUGACAUCAUUACGCAGUACAGAGCCAUUUUCUCUGAUGAUGAUCCGCUACUGAGCACAAAGAAAGACGACACGGUCAGCGAAGCAUCUUUAUUUCAUGGAUGGGUGGUUCACAAAAUCUCUGAAUUCCUGGCAACAUUAGAACAAGAUCUAAUGAUGGGAGUGGGUGAAAGAUUAGACUCUGUCUUAGGGCAGUGUAUGUACUUUGGACUCUCUUUUAGUCGAGUUGGAGCAGAUUUUCGGGGUUUGCUUGCUCCGAUAUUCCAACAUGCUGCUGUCAUGGGAUUCAGAAACACAAUGAAGGAAGCCAAUAAAAGAUUUGAAUUAGACAUGCAGUCUUAUAAUCUGUUAGCCCAGACGAGUACGGUGGGCUCAGUCCCAUACAUUGCACAAGGGAACGAACUCUAUCCUCCAGCGAUCCUCCUGGAUUACUCCCCUUUAGCUGUUUAUUGUAACCAUGUUUUGAGUGGAUUUAAUGAACUGCGACUGUGUGCUCCGGUAUCUGUUGCUCACGAGGUGGCUGAAGCUCUACAGAGUUCGCUCCUGGAAGUGAACAAUGUCAUUCUGUCCUUUCACAGAGCGGAGGAGGCAACGUUUGAUAAAAGGGAGCAGGAGAAAUUCACCAAAUUCUGUGACGUAUACGGAGAAACUCUCCUACCCUAUCUUCAGAAAUGUCUCCAGGCUUUAUUUCCACCUCAGCAGUUGUCUGCCCUUCUUGGUGUUCCUGUUAAUUUACUGGAUUUAAAAACCGUUCUAGGAAAAAUCGAACAUUUGAUGCCAGAAAAAGAACAGCUGGAGACAACAGAGAAAUCCAAGUCAGAAGAGAAGCAAGGGGAGUCAACGAACCAUGUAACAGAACAGAAAUCACAAGAUUUACCCAUUAACCAAGCUCCUGCUCAGGAGAAUGUUCAUCUGGGGGAGGUGAGAGAGACCAAGACUGUAGAGACAGACUCUGGCCAACAGGGAGGGCCCAAAAUCGUCCUCUCGACCCCCAACUCUGAUAGAGAAGCCAUAGACUCAGAUUCAGAGACACCCAGUCAAGUCGUCUUCACCACGAGUAGCUGUGAACAUAGCGAACACAGUGAUGUAGAGUGAGGUCUAAAUGGAUGGAAUAUUUAUAUAUUAAGGAAUUUCUGUUUUGUUUGUUUACUAUUUAAAAAAAACAUAGUAGUAUUGUAGUAAGCAACAAUGAUCUUUAAAUAUUAAAAUUAUUAUUAAAUAUUUUUGUGAAGUAUAUGUAAGAAUUAUUUAUUAUUGGACAUGUUAUUUCAAUAAAUCUUGGGCCACCUCUGUU